AAAACAAGACUUGUGUCUACCUUAUCUGUCCGUUUGUUGGUCGUGUGUUUUUUUAAACUUGUCGUUAGUAUGUAAAAUUGAAUGUUUUUUUUUUUUUAUUUUGUUGCGCAGUUUGAUAUAUGAACAUGAUCUUAUUAUUUUGAUGUGCAAAACUGUAGCUGAAAGAACAUCCGAAAUUUAUUUUUGAUAUUGGAAAUUUAUAUAUUGAACUCGUAAUUGUAAAAGUGCUGCUGAUCUUCAACAUUGCAGUUUUGCUGGUUAAGGAUUAGGUAUGUCUUUGUAUGAUGGCUUGGGACUGGACUCAAAAGAGAAAGUACAGAGGGAUCCUAAACCCGACCUUGUGGGUUGGUCCUCUGGAAUUAAGCUUCUUCAGUCACAGUUGCAGCUGAAAAAAGCUGCUUUGACACAAGCUAAGGUAUACAAUAGAGAGCAGAUGAAAAAAGGUGGUGCUGUUUUACCACCUGUUGUUGAUCUGAAAUCUAGAAAAGAUGAUGUAGAUGAAAUGCAGACUCCUAUUCUUGGUCUGGGACCAAAGGAAAGCAAAGGGAAUACUACAUUGUUAGGUGGUGAUUGGGAUAUUCGUCAAGAGUACGAACCUUUAUGGCCAAAUGAUUAUGAAAAAAUUAUGAGAGACAGAGCUGAUAGAGAAAAAAGAAUUAGAGAUCGUGAAAGGGAUCGAGAAAGGGACAGAGAUAGAGAUAGAGAUAGAGACAGAGACUAUGACAGAGAUUAUAAUGAUGAAAAACCAAGCAGACGAAAUGACAGGUAAGUUGGCACCUUUCGGAUAAGAAAAUUUUUUAAUGGAACAUAAGAGUAAAAUAUUUUAUUUAUGUUAAUUUCAUUAAAAAUAUUUCUAAAUUUAUGUAAAAUUUCAAUUGUAUAAUUUCAGUCUUUUGAAAUUGUG